CAUGACAUUGACGAUUGUAAAUAAUAGCGUUUGAGUCUGGGUUGCUUGUUGGUAGCGUUCCAUGGAUAAAACUGAACGUUCAUCUUCAAAAUUUGUAUACAUAGAAAACAAAUGAAAGGAACGGGUUCAGAUGAAUAACUGAUCAAACGCUACAGGCUCAUUGUUUUUUUAUUUUUGGGUUUUCAACAUGGGGUCUAACACAACACCGACACUGUCAGGUGUGAACGUAGUGCUCGUUAUGGCCUACGGAAGUCUGGUGUUUGUGUUGCUGUUCAUCUUCGUGAAGAGGCAGAUCAUGCGCUUCGCCAUGAAGUCUCGUAGAGGUCCGCACGUACCGCUGGGACACAACGCACCCAAGGAUUUGAAAGAGGAGAUUGAUUCGCGGUUAUCGAAGGUGCACGACAUCCGUUAUGAGCCGCGGCUACUUUGCGAGGAUGACGACCGUUUGAAGCACAGGGGCCAGAAUGGUUGUUAUAAUUACCUGUACAGAAUGAAGGCCCUGGAUGCCAUCAGAGACUCGGACAUCCCUCUGCAGGAGAUGGGGCUGUACCCCAGCGCGGUCACGGGCCGCAGCUUCCGCUCCUGGCUGCUGGAGCUGCGCAGCUCGCCCUCGCUGCUGAAGAGCCGCAGCAGCCUGAUCCACAGCGUGCUGGAGGGCUACGACAGCGCCCGCAACGGCACGGGGGUCUUUGGGGAGGCAGAGUUUCUGAAAUACCAGGAAGCUCUGACUCAGCUGGCGGCUGUCGUGAAGGCCCACUCCAGCUCCUCCAGUCUGAACCAGCAGCAUCAGUCUGCAGCCAAAGAUCUGACCAGCUCCCCGGCCCCUCCUGCGUCCUCCACCAUCCAGGUGACCUACCUGCCCUCCUCCGGCCAGCGCAGCAAGAGACCCAAACACUUCCUGGAGCUCAAGAACUUCAAGGACAACUACAACACACUGGAGAGCACGCUGUGAGGCCCGGAGCCUGGGGCUCGCCUGGCGGGCGAGGCAGCGCACGCGGCCUGCUGUGUGGGACACACACAGAGCUUUAACCGUGGGAGGCCCUGGAGAGGCAUGAACCACACGGAUGGAUACUGCUGUGGGUCACGCACGACAGUGUCUCUUACUGUAAGUGUGGAGCUACACCCUGCGGCCCCGUUUUUAUUUGGUUAAAUUCCCAAGUUAUUGAACUGCGGGAGAGACCCCCUCCCCUUCCAAAAUCUCCCGUACUUCACGGACACCUGUUUGUACUGCUGUGCUACAGUAGGGGUGAAUUGGGUAACCCGGAGUAGUAGACGGAAAGGUGCGACACUGUGAUCCAGUAGAGAGGAAUGAGUUCAAAGAGUGGUCAAAUGUAGCAUGCAGAAUAGUACAGGGCCUAAUUCAUCCUAGUAUAAACCAGCCGAGGACAGAAUAGUGACGUCCACCAUGGCCCACUUCAGUAUCCUGCGGCCGUGGAUCAUGUAUUAAAUCGCAGAGUGCACAGCACCUGUCAAAGAACUAUUGUAUGUUUUUAACUGAAUCAAAGAAACCUGAAUUCUAAUGCGAUAAGUGCCCUUCUUGAAUAUAUUUUAUAUUUCAUAUAUACAUCUGUAAAUAGAUGCAAGAAUGUAUUUUUAAUUAUGUGUGAAGUCUAGGGUUGUGUGAACUGUGUGUAGCUUGACCGUGGUGUAAUUUAAACUGCUGUCUGUCAGGAGUGUCUUACCAUUGUUGAAAUUGUACUGUACCCAUUUCUCUUUUUUUGGGCAGGAUUAAUCUGAGUAAAUGAAACUUUGUCUAUAA